AUGGCAACAGUUGAGGAGGAGCACCCACCCGUCGUCAAAUCUCCUGCCGUUCAGAGUGAGAAGUCUCCAGAGCUCCAAAAUGAGGCUUCAUCGACUCCAAAGGAACAAACAGAAUUGAAGGAGGGUACCCCAGAGCCGCCGGGCGAGCAUGCUUCCGAGCCUCCUGAGGCAGCGGAGGAGACUCCAGUGGUUACUUCCUCAUCGAAUGCGACUUCUUCUGCGCGCCGCCCGCAGACGCGCUCACAGACCGGAACCGUGCCUAAGCGCCGAACACGCGACGACUCCGACCACAUCGUCGAAACCAAAAAGCGAGCCCCCAGGAAGAAGCGAAAAGUCUCUCCUGCUGUUGCUGCUGAAGCCUCGAGCUCACACAGCCAGAGCGCCUCUGGAAGUCCGAAGCCACCACCCACGCGUGAGGCUUCCUUGGCUUCCUCAGCGUCCAGUGCUGCUGCACCUGCACCUUCGCCAACCCCUAACACCAACACCGCAGAGCGAGAACUCACCUUCUAUCAUUCCUCCGUCCCCGACAGCCAACCUCAGUUGCGCCUGCCACGUUCGCGCGCCUCGCUCCCUACUCCUAUUCCGAAUUUGACGAAAAAGAGCCGAGGCCGGCGCGUACCCACCAAAGACGUCGGGGCUCCCGAUCCGGAUCAGAAGGACAGCAGGUUGUACGUCUGCACCGUCGAGGGGUGUGGCAAGUGCUUUCAUCGCGGCGAGCACCUCAAGAGGCACAUUCGCUCGAUCCACACGCACGAGAAGCCGUUCAAAUGCACGUUCCCCCUGUGCGAGAAGUUCUUCAACCGACAUGACAACCUCCUCCAGCACCUCAAGGUGCACCGGCAGAUCGACCCCAACGACACCACCACCAACGACAAAAGUGCCAGCGCGCCUGCGGCUCGCCAGCGUUCACUCUCUCCUGCCUCUGAACGCUCGCCGUCCCCUCCAUCCCUCAUUCCACCCCCAGCAGCCCAAUCUCGCACGAUCUACAACGCCUUCCCGCAGCCAAAUACUGUGCCAUAUCCUUCCUUCCCUCCCCCUAUGCCGAUUGUCUAUAGCUCCCACAUGGUCCUCAGCAGUGGCAGCUCUGAGCCGCCGAUGAGCCUGAUCGGCAAUAUGGCGGUCUCGUCGCUACGCACUGAGGUGAGCUCGCUGAGAACGGAGAUGCCACAGUCGCCCACGGACAUCAGGGGUAGUGGGCUGCCUGUGGGUGAGUACCAGAGGGCCUACUAA